CGCUUCACACUCACAACUCACAAGAAAGGUUUCAAUCUCUCUGAGCACCAAAACUCGCCCUCUCUCUAAUCUCUCUCAAACCUUACUGAAUCCGGCCCUCUCUCAAAACCUCGCCGCCACGGCUCCUCCUCCGGCGACGAACGCCGCCAGCCACUCCUCUCCCGACUCCCUCGACUCUAUUUCACUCAAGGUCGGCCACACACACACGGACCAACACACGCCGCCCCUCACCCGACUCCCUUCAUCUUCUCCCUCAUCUCCGGCCACACCGGCGCCCCAUAUCCCUCUCUUUCUCGGCGGCAGCAACCGCCGCCACGGUCACCGCCUCAUCUCCCUUACCCCUCUGCUCUCGCCUCCUCUCUGACCCAGAACGGCGACGGUGAGGGACUCCGCCGUCUGAGCCCUAGCCCCAAUCACGGCUCCUCUCAAUUUCUGGCAACGACGCCGCCCCUACGCAGCGCUGCCUCCAUCCGUUCUCCCUCAUCUCAAAGCCUCGCCGGACAGACUACAGCAGCAGCCGUGCCACCACAGUCGACGCCCGGUCUCCCUCCAUCUCUUCCCUCUGAACUCCGGUGAUAAAACAAAGCCCUGAGGCUGUUGCCCACCUUCCCUGACUCGGCUCAGCAGCUACAACAACACCCAUCCGACUCAACUCGGUUAACGAAUACGCACUAUUGGCUUUAUUUUGCUGAAGAAAAAUGUUCGGAAGCAACCGUCAGUGAAAUAAAAGAGCUGCAGCCGGAACACCACUUUCCAGCACGGCGAAAUGGAAGACAAAAAACAAUCGUCGUAUGAUUCCAGCGCCGUUGCUCUUGAGCAGAAGCACGCGGCGAUGCUGGAGCGUCUCGCCAACCGCCAACAGUCCCGCGCCACCGCAAAGCCUGAGCCUAACUCAUCCGGAUCCACAAAAUCGUUCCUGUCUCAGUUCUCGCAAUCAAAGCUCUCAAUCGAAGCCCAAAUCUCCCGGAUCCAAACACAGCCGGACCUGCCUAAAAAAACCGACCUGGAGGCGAUCUCCCUCGAAAUCUCCGCCCUCGAGAAGCUGGUCGCGGAGAAUUCCUACUUGCUCCCGCCCUACGAAGUACGUAAUUCCCUCAGCGCCAUCACGUACCUCAGGCAAACCCUAGAUGACGCAUCCGCGGCCGUCGCUCCGAAGAAGAAAUUCGCCUUCAAGAAUAAAUCAUCGAAGAAGAGUGCCGCCCCAGCGCCAGAUCAGAAGAAUGAAGUCGUUUCUGAACCGGAGAGUAGUAAGAUCAAUGCUGGAUUCGGGGAGGUAGGGUUUAGGGAUUUGAGCGCUGCUCCCGGGUUCAGGAACAAGGAUAAAGAGGUAUUGGUGAAGGAAUUCAAGAGAGGCGAGCUGGAUGCUCGAAAUGGGGAGUUCACACUAUCGAAUUUGAGGGAUUGUGAGGUCAGAUUGAAGGGUUGUUUGAGGGCAGUGUUUGUGGAUAAUGUGGUGAAGUGCAAGGUUUAUGUUGGGGUGGUUAUGGGUUCGGUCUUGAUCGAGGGAGCAGAAGGGUGCUUGUUCGUGUUGGCCUCGCACCAGAUCAGGAUUCAUAAGGCAAAGAAUUGUGACUUGUAUCUUCGGGUGAGGAGCAGACCUAUAAUAGAGGACAGUAAUGGCGUUAGGUUUGCGCCAUAUUGCUUAAGUUACAGAGGAAUGGAGGAGGAUUUGGCAGAGGCAAAUCUUGAUGAGGAGACUGGGAAUUGGGCGAAUGUGGAUGAUUUUCGAUGGUUGAGGGCACUGCAAUCUCCUAAUUGGUCAGUUUUGCCAGAAGAUGAGCGUGUAGGGAUGGUGAACAUUUCAAAUGAUGAUUGAAGAGAAGCUCACAGUCGCUGAAAAAUGGCGACAUCAUCCAAAUUCAAGCCGUUGUCGAUUGCGAUCCUUCUACUGUUUCUCUGCAAUGCGAUCGCCUCAAGUGCGUCCGGUUCUUCCUAUACCACUAUGCACACCAACAAUUGGGCUUUUCUUGUCUGUACCUCCCGCUUCUGGUAUUGUACCUUUCCUUCACUCAACCUGUAUGCCUUGAUUUAUUCGAUUUCGGCCGAGGUACUGAAAACAAAGCUUGAGAAUUUUUAUAACGGAACCUUAGAAUUAGUAGGCGAGUUAUUGGAGCUCUUACUGUAUGCUUUGUUUUGUAGAAAAUUGUAAAAAAAAAGAUCUUUUCAUAAGGAAUAUUUGUUGUUGGUGGAUCAGUACAUAAGUGAAGAGAAUGAAUUUUUUGUGGUAACCAUAAAUGUUGGCUGUAUGGUCGAAUUACUGGGUUUGAUGUUGAGGGUAAAGCAAAUCGAACGCUAGAUUUAUUACUAAUUCUUUUGAACUGUUAUAGUUGUGUUUCUAGUUUCUACAUUGUUGUUAUUGCAGCUUGUUCAUAUAAUCAGCAUUUAAUUCAAUUUUGCUAAAAAUCUAUCCUUCAGUUUUAAUUAUCGGCAUAUGGCCAAUACUUUAUCCUUGUACAGGUAAUCGGGGUCUAUUCUUCCUCCCGUGCUUGUCUUGGUUUUUUAUUUGUUGUCGUUGACGUGUCAAAACGAAUUAUAUAAUGAUUUUUACUUAUUUUUUAAUUGGCUUUUUGU